AUGUUUCUGAGCUUCCACAUAGCUGCUUGGAAAUGUGCGGGAAACCUCUAUCCCGGGACAUUUGCGUUUCUCGCGCUUGUCAUGGGAUGGAUCCUCCGUGUAGUGGGAUGGUCGUUUCUGGCCGUCCGUCCCGUCUAUGUCUUGACCACAAGUCACUACCCGUUGAAGACAUGGACAAAUCCGUCCCUCCAAGGAGCCGGUCUACCUCGCCGCGAAGAUCCAGUUCGCCGUGACGGACUCCAUCGCCAAAAGGGGACGAAAGCCCUCCUCCGUCCGCACCACGCCGCUCGAAGAAAUCUUCCUAGAGUGACAAGCCCCAAAAGGAGUUAUACCAAAAGAGUGAAGACUGUCCAGACGGCUCUAUCGAGAAUUAGCCGCGCACACCGGCCGAGGAACGAACGUCCGCGAUCGUCCCGCGCACGUCAAGUCUCGGCCAAGUCCACGGCCGAGCUCACGUCACGACCCGGGAAAGCAAUCCCGCGGUCGGCCGCCAGCUCGCCACCACAAGCCGUGCACGACCGCGCGCGAGCCGGGAAGCAAAGCCUCGCGGCCGCGCAAACCCACGUACCGCGGCCGACCCAUCCGUCCGAACAGGGGCAUCGUCCCCGUCCGGCCAAGUUUCAUCGGCCAACCUUCCAUCCGUCCGACCACGCGGCCGACCGAAAACUAUCGGCCACGAUCGUCCCGACCGUCCGAUGGCCGACACGAUCCGAUGACGGCCGAUCGUCCCGACCGACCGUCCGAACGCCGCGGUCGACCCGAAGCCCGUUUUGA